AUGGGAUACUACACCUCAAAGCGCACUCUUUACAUUGCCAUGGAGUAUUUCCCCAAGGGAGACUUAGGGACUUAUGCUCUUGAAUAUGCACCCUUGCCCGAAGAUGAGUGCCGGGAGAUCGCCAGUCAAAUCCUCCGUGGCUUGGUUACCAUGCAUCAAGAGCGCUUUGCACACCGAGAUGUGAAGCCUCAGAAUGUAUUGAUUCAACAAUCUCCUCGAUCUGUACCCCCGGCUCCAUGGUGGGUCAAACUUGCAGACUUUGGCAUCAGCAAGAGGCUGGAGCCAAACACAAGUGGUAGCACUAGAAGAAGCGGCACUCUGCAGUACAUGGCACCCGAACUUCUCAGAUCCCGGCUGUCUAAUAGAUCGAAUUUCAAUUACCCCGCCGUCGACCUGUGGGCUCUGGGUGUCACCACCUUCUUUGUCCUGACUAAGAGGCUUCCAUUUCAGGAUAUCUCAUCCGCCAUCGACUACGCCAGUGAUCCUGACAAACCGUUUCCUACGGCUGCCUUGAAUGGCUGUCAAGUCAGUAUGGAUGCGCAAGCUUUUAUUUGUGCUCUGAUGAAACCAAAACCAACAGAGAGGCUGGAUUCAGGGGCCGCCAUGCGCCAUGCGUGGAUGCAUUCUUUUCUGCCAGAGAUGCAAACAACGUUGUCACAUAGCGGGUAG